ACACCACAGAGUAAUUCACAACAAUAAGUUGAAGUGUCGCGUCGAGUCGAAUCUUCAUCAAACAGAAUUUGAUUUUAUUUAGGUACCGUAGUUGUGGAUUGUAUUUUAAUUUAUUAUUGAAAAGAAAUGGAGGAAGAAGUCAAGUUCUGUAAAAUAUGUCUGAACACCCGUGGGAAACUGUUUCAUGAAAAUCAGUUCAAUUUGCAAGUUUUGUACGAACAACUGUUCGACGCUGCUAUAUAUUAUCCUAACAUAAAGAACUAUUACUGCCAUGAAUGUUUCAUAUACUUGUGGAAAUUCAAUGUGUUUCGUCGAAAAUGCCUCAAAGCGCAGAAUGUUUUGGAGUCCCUUAUACAAUCUGGCCCUAUUACACACUCAAGAAUCACAAGUAUUGACCGCAAGGUACUUGAUCUAGAAUCAUGCUUAAAAGUGGUGCCAACAUUGGUAAUCUCAAUGAAAGAAGAUAUUCACACACUAAAUAAUACCGAACAGAAUAGGAAGAAUAAAAGAAACGAAAUCAAUGCAAAAGAAACAUCAUCUAAUAUUGAUCCUGUAGUAAUAAAUAUUGAAAGUGAUGAGGAUGAUUCAAAUCACCAGAAUAUUAAUAGUUCAGCACAGACUAGCAGAGAAGUAAAAACAAAAGAUACUCAGGUCUCAAUAUUGAAUGUAAAUAGAAGUCAACACAACUUAGAAUCUUCAUUUGAGGAACUAUUACCGAGUCAUACAGUUGCGACAUACGACCUUAACGAAGGUUGUGAAGGAAUAUUUGUAGACAACAUUCAAAUACCUGUUAAAGAGGAACCUGAUGAAGACCGAUAUGAAACUUUUAAUGAUAGUCUUGAUGACUUCAACUUGAAGCCAUUCACUGAAUCUGAUGAUGAACCACUAUCAUCAGAGAAACCCCUCAGCAACAUUAAUGAUAGUGAAUUAAACAUUAGUAAAAUUAAAAUGAGAAAAAACGAAGUCGGUCAAAAAUCUAAAUCUGCAAAUUUCAAACAAAAGAAAACAGAAAAAAGAAAAUCAAAUCAGAAAUCAUUACGGAACAAAAGAUUAAAUCAUAUCAAUGAUGAAUCCGACAAUAAAGACAUUACAGCAAAACUGAAGGUUAAAUACGCUACACAAAGAGAAAAAGCUUACAAGUUUUCUGAGGAGAAAUGGAAAAUUGUACAUUUGAGUGAAGAAGAAGUACUCAAAGAGUACAGAAAGCGCAUGGACACUCUAAGCUAUCAGAACUCCGUAUUUCGCUGCGACAGUUGCGUGAAAAACUUCACUUGUGAAGACACUUUGAGGCGUCACAUGCGAGUACAUGAUGUGGCAAAAGGCAAACACAAAUGUUUUCUGUGCAAACGAAGGUUUAAAUGGGAAGGCAAGUUGCGUACUCACGUGAAGACACACCAGAUCAGAUACCACUGUUUGAGAUGUCCAGAAGUAUGCAACAGUUCUCCCAGUGCAAUAAUGCACGAAAAGACUCACGAAGGGCACAAGUAUCAGUGUAAAUACUGCGAAGCUACAUUUGUUAAGAUAACGUCGUUCUACACUCACGUCCGCGAGAAGCACCGCAGUAGCCACGUGUGCGCGGCGUGUGGCGAGUCCUUCGUGAGCAGCGCCGGCCUGGUCCAACACAUGCAGUAUAAACACAGGGAGAAGCUCACGCCACAGAAGCCAUCCGACAGUGAGGGAACAGACACGAAGACAGACACACAGACGCACAUAUACUGUGAGCGCUGCGACAUCUCGUUUGAGUCAACAGUCGCCUUCGAAGAACAUAAGAAGAAUUCCACUAUGCACGCUGAGCAAAAUGAUGCGUGA